GCUCGCUCGCCAGCUUGCUUGGCUGAUGCUCCGAUCUCCUUCUCGGCCUCGGUCUCUCGAUCGAUCCAUCGAUCUCCCCGGCUUUGACGCUUUAUCUCCACGCGAAUUCUUUGGAUCCUGGGCCAAUUCGGUAUGCAAGAUUCGAAUUUUCUUCCGCCAAUGAUAAUCCCCCCGUUGCGGCCGCCACCUGAUCUUCUUACUCCUUAUCCGCAAUUUUUGCGAGAUUCGAAUUUUCUUUUCUUUGCCGCUCAAAAAGCAACGAGCUCCGAUCGCCGUCUUUCGCGUUGGUGUGCAGGGGUUUAAAUUCAUUGGACAUCAGCGGCCCGAUGGGGCAAGCCAUCGAGAUUCUGCGAUCCUGUUUUAAGAGAUCCGAGCUCUCCGCUGAUCGAGUGGCCUUCUGCUUGUCUGGUGAUUUCUGGAGCAAUGUAGUAUGGAACGGGUUGUUUUUCUUGGAGAUGUGUGCAUUUGUGGAUCCGUAGCAUAUAGUUUAAGAUGGAAAGCGGGGAUCUUUGAGUGCUUACAAUAACUAAUCAGCUCAGUUUCGAGUGGCUUUCUGGCUACUGUUAUCUUAUUAGCUGUUAUCGAAUAACCUGAAAGUCGUUUUCAUUUGUUUCCUCAGUUUCAAUACAAUUAUUACGUAGGUCUCCUUCAUUUCUGUUCAUUGUCGAUUUCAAAUUUCGAGUUAUCAUUUAGUUUAACUGUCUGCCUCCUCUUGAUUUCUUUGUGGAGUUUCAAGUUUCUAGGUUGAAACGGUCGCUCGUAGUAGAGACUAGUGUUCAUUUGUGGAUCCGUAGCAUCUAGUUUAAGAUGGAAAGUAGGGACCUUUGAGUGCUUAGUGCUUACAGUAUCUAAACUGCUCAGUUUCGAGUGGCUUGUUGAUGUUUCUGUGUUUCUUGCAACUGUUAUCUUAUUAGCUGUUAUGGAAUAAUCUGAAAGUAAUUUUUUUAGUUUCAAUACAAUUGUUACGUAGGUCUCCUUCAUUUCUGUUCAUUGUCGCUUUCAAAUUUUGAGUUAUCGUUUAGUUUAACUGUCUGCAUCCUCUUGAUUUCUUCAUGGAGUUUCAAUUUUCUAGGUUGAAACAGUUUCGUGUAGUAGAGACUAGUUGUGAAACUCUCAGGUUCUUGAAAAUGAAUCUUUUGCCAACUAAGAGUGAAAAGGAACCGAUUGCAGAGGACAAUAUAUUUUCGCAUUCAAUUGAUGAAGGUAGCAGAGAAAAAUCAAUAGGUAAAGAUGGUCAGGUAUUGAAGAAGGGACCUUGGACAUCUGCAGAGGAUGCGAUUUUGGUCGAAUAUGUUAAAAAGCAUGGGGAGGGAAACUGGAAUGCUGUUCAGAAGAACUCAGGAUUGUUUCGAUGUGGUAAAAGUUGUCGGCUGCGGUGGGCUAAUCAUCUCAAACCAAAUCUAAAGAAAGGUGCCUUUUCGAUGGAAGAGGAGGAAAUGAUCGUUCAACUUCAUGCUAAAAUAGGCAACAAAUGGGCUAAGAUGGCCACAUUUUUACCUGGUCGCACUGAUAAUGAGAUAAAGAACUAUUGGAAUACACGAAUAAAGCGACACCAGCGUGCCGGUUUACCUCUUUACCCUAAUAAUAUUUGCUUUCAGGCUUCAGAUGAAAAUCAGCAAACUCAGAUUGUCAGCUGUGUUGCCCAACAACACAGUGGGAUCUUGCAGGGGAACAGUUUUGAUAUUCCUGGUACUGGAUUUGAGAACUUGAACAAUGGUCAUGCGGAUUUGUCUUAUGCUUCCUCAUUUCCAGAUCUCUCUGUAGGUGCUGGCUGUGAUGCUACCUUCUACAGUGGGCCUCCCUCAGCAUCUCAAUUUCUAAUGGAGCCUCCUGGACAGCUGACUUUUCGCUUACAUUAUCCCUAUGAUCCUGAUCCCAACUUCAAGGACCUGGCAACUUUUGGAGGUGAAAUUCCUGGCCGCCAUGCCUUUCCAAUUGACAAAUUCUCUGCUUCAAGGCCCCUUUCUGGAGCUGUGAAGUUGGAGCUCCCUUCACUCCAAUGUACAGAAACUGACGAUAGUAGCUGGACCCUGUGCCAUUCCACACCAACUCUUGAUGCGGUUAAUACAUAUGUUGAAUCUUCUCCAACAACUGUCUCAUUGCAACCUGAAGCUAUUUCACCACGGAGCAGCGGUUUACUGGAUGCAUUGCUUCAUGAGGCACAGGUACUAAGCGGCUCAAAGAGAUAUUCAUCACUGAAGUGUUCAAGUUCUGUUAUCAAACACAAUGAGAUGGUGGAAUGUUCAGGCCUUAAUAUUUCUGAGACCGAGUGGGAAGACUACAAUGGCCCAACUUAUCCCUUGGGUCAUUCUGCUCCUUCUGUUUUAAAGGAAUGCACACCUCCUGUUUGUGGCAGUUUAUCUCAUGGAUUUCCACCAUUCAAGGAUAUUCCUGGCUCACAAAAUACUUUUGCUGUUGCUGAACAUCUUUCAACCCCGAAUAUGGAGGAGAAAAACAUGUCGUCUCAUCCGGAUUUCUACAGGCCUGAUGCUUUACUGGGAUCUGAUUGGCUUGAAGAAGGUUCUCAAGUUGCAAAAGAUCAUUCUGUCUUGAGUGAUGCAGUAACAACACUCCUGGGUCAUGAUUUUUGCAAAGAGCACAAGAUAGUGCCCGCUGGAACAUCAUCUGAUCUCUUUCGAGGAACCAAGCUUGAAUCUCAUUCACGGGGUAAGAUCCCCGAUGUAUCGCAAAUGCCUGAGCUUCCUUGACCUCAAUCGUACAGAUGGCAAACUUACUUGAGAAAUGUUCAAGGAGGACCUCAGCUUGAUUUUUAUGACUGUUAAUGCUUCUUUCAGAUUAAUCA